UAAUGUAGAAACGUAUUGGUGCAACUUUAUUUAAAAUACCUGGCUGCUUUUAGUAACAUUUCAAUACUUGUAAAGCAAAAUGACAAUUUUAAACACCUUACUGAAACAGCUGACAUGCACCUUAAGAAGUAAAAUUGAUAGAAAAAAAAUAUAUUAUUAUUUCCAUCCUAUUGGGAUAAGGCAAAGGCACAGCAUUGCAACAUAUGCAAUUAACUACUCCUUUGAUUUCAGGAAGCUGUUUGUCUUAUCUCUUAUAAAUCACCAGAUUUGCACUAAUAUGUAAAAAAAAACAUAUUAGUGAUGGGAGUUCCAUUAGAGAGUCGGCGUAAGUUCGGUAAAUAUUUAGACAGAGUCUUUUUUUAUUGCCAGUUUCAGUUCAUUUAUCUACACGGCAGUUUAAGGGCCUUCGCUAAGUUCAUACCUUACCAUUUAAGGCUAAAGGAUGAUUAAAAACCGUGCGAUCAGCUGAACCACACAAAGAAAGCCCAUAACACUAUACUUAAGAUUUUGCUGUGCUCCAUUGCUGGACAAGAAGCGAAGUUCAUUUGAAUCAAAGGUGAAAGGGAUAUUUAAAGACGACAUACGAUCAUCCAUUGUGCUCUCUUGUUGAAAAGAGGAAAACAUUUAAUGUUCCCUGAUGAAAUAAUAACAGCACAGAUGGAUCUAAUUGUACUAGAGAUCCUCCACUAAACAGAUAAAGGUUCAAGGAAAACUUCACCUUUUUUUUAAAUUAAGUAAAUUAAUCAUGGCGUAAGGAUCCCAAAUGUAGCGAGGAUGGAAAAGAAACUGUUUACAGUACAGAAACGAGGAGAAAUACGUGCCCUUUGUUGGGGAAUUGGAAUGAUGGUUUUCUCUGUUAUGAUGUCCUCUGUUUUUGGAUUCACAGUGGUGCCAAAAUAUUUAAAAAGUGUCUGGACUCAAAAAUCAGUUUGCACAGUGGCCAAUACGUCCUUCAAAGAUAAAGUCAGCUGCACUUACAAUACGAAUGGAGAAUGUGAUAAGAGCUCAUAUUACCCCUGCCUUGAAGUGCUUGUAAAUGUGAAUUUCUCACAGGAUAUAUACAUGUUAUAUCACACAGAGGAAACUCCAGAGGUGAAUGAUCAGUGCUCAUAUAUACCCAAAUGUGAGAAAAAUUUCACAGAAGUAAAAAUGCACGUCGAUAUCAUCCAAGAAAACUUCAGGAAAAACCAGCCUUUCACUUGUUUCUACGACCCCAAAGGAAGAGAGAAGAGUAUCAUUUUGUCACGAAAAUUUGGCUUGCAACUGCUACUGUCAUAUUUUUUCUGGCCCGCUUCCAUGUUCAUCGUUGGAAUAUGUAUUGUAAUUAUGGUGAAAAUAAGUCAAUAUCUGGCCAUGGUGUCUAUGCUGUCCAAAAAACUCAUUAUUAGAUAGUUGCACAUUUUUUCUUUCUUUCUGAACAUUUCAGGGGCACUUACGUUUACUCAAUAAACAUAACACUUUUUAUGUUAAGUGCAAAAUACAGUAAACAAAUAAUAUCAA